UUCAAAAGCGCGAUGCAAUUGGUUUGUUUUCUGACUGAAGUUUGGGUAGACGAAUCAGACGGCAUCAUUCAAAAACACUAUAUCUCUCGCUGCUGCUACUCCAACCUAACUACCGUCAACCAUCCGGGGAGUGUGAAGACUCAGGACGUGCGGAGUCAUGAGAGUGUUUGUAAACAACACAUUAUCAAGGUGCAGUAAACAGGAGUCAGACCACUGUCUUCUCAGAUCCUCAUCCUCCAAAAAGUCCCUCAUUGUGGGAUGUGAAGGAUGUCUGAGCUCAUCUUUUUUGACUUGUCAACAGGAUGAAAUAACCGUGCUUAAUUCAUAACCAUUUGACAUUCACAUUUGGGCACAGAGCUAAAAAACAACUUCUUUCUUUAUUUUUGCACUACGCACACUUGAGUCAAGAUGCCUUGGCCAUUUUCAGAGUCAAUUAAAAAGCGGGCAUGCAGGUACCUCUUGCACCGGUACCUUGGCAACUUUCUUCAAGAAAAACUGAGUUUGGAUCAGCUCAGUUUAGAUCUAUAUCAAGGCACGGGAUCACUGGCACAAGUGCCACUGGAUAAAUGGUCUCUAAAUGAGCUCCUAGAGACAGCAGAUGCUCCCUUUGAGAUCAUAGCAGGAUUCAUUCAGACUAUUUCACUAACCGUCCCGUGGGCGGCCUUGCUACAGGAAAACUGCUCUCUCGAGGUCAAAGGUUUGGAAAUGGUGUUUAGACCAAGGCCAAGAAUAGCGUCUGGCACUGAGCCCAUGUACUGGUCCAGCUUCAUGACGAGCAGCAUGCAACUGGCUAAAGAAUGUCUGAGCCAGAAACUCACAGAUGAUAUGGGAGAGAGCUUUCAGCCAUUUGAAGGACUGGAAAAGUUUGCAGAAACUAUAGAAACAGUUCUGAGAAGAGUGAAAGUGACAUUUUUGAAUACAAUGCUGAGGGUUGAACACAUUCCAGAAAAUUCCAAAACUGGAAUUGCUCUUGAGAUUCGGAUCAACAAGAUUUUUUAUUCUGAUGAAACAGGAGAGGAAAGCUCAAGUGUGAAUGUGCAUCAGCCGACCACAUUCGCUCAUAAAAAGCUACAGAUGGAAGGCAUCACCAUAUUUUGGGAUGAAUUCUCAGAUGUUUCUCGAGCUGGUUUUAAAUCUUCACCCCCUCCUACGGAGACUGAGCCAAAACUCUCACCUAGCUGGAAUCCCAAAAUCAUUUACGAGCCUCAUCCACAGUUCACCGAGACAUUGGCCUCUGCUGCGCCCUUUCAACCUGUGCAAGUUGGGAGUCUCUGCGGUAAAAUUGAGCUGUCCCUUACAUUAAAAAACAACCUAGCCAUGCCUGGAGCAAAGCUGGAUGUCGCAGGUCACAUCGAUACACUGCUUAUUCUACUGUCACCGCGCCAAGUUCAUUUACUUCUGGACCUGUUUGGAGCUUUUUCCAGUGAAGGUGCACGAGAAUGGCCCAAGGACAGAAAGAGUCGACCCAUGCAGCAAGAGGAUGAGUACCGACUCCAUAUGGAACUAAACCGCUGUCUGAAGAAGGACACGGCUAUGGCUGGAGCGGAGGCCGACCUCUUUGAGAGCCAGAUCACUCAAACUGUGUCCAGUCGAGAUGAUGUUUUCUUCUCCAUGGCUGCUGACAUGGACAUGUCCCACAGUUUGUCAUCCCUCCCCCCACUGGGAGAACCUCCCACUGUGGAUUUGGACUUGUCGCUCAAUAGCAACUACUCUGCAUCCCCGGUAGAAUCCCCAUCAGGAAACGCAACUGCUUUGUGGGAUGAUUGUAUGGACAUACCACGACAGAGAGAAAAGCAGACCCCUGGACAGUCACGAGAGUCCCAACUCCCUCAAACGUUGUUACGACAAACUUCACAUUCAUCCAAAACCCACGGGGACGAGUCCAGGCCAGAGUUGGUGUUGAGCCUGACACUUGGUAGUCUGGCUGUCUCAGUCCUCCACAUAGACCCUCUGCCACCACCAGAUGGUUCCCCCAGUCCUCGGGGCCCUAUGGCUGCACACUUCUUCAGCAUGGUGGGCCCUGGCCAGCUUGCUCCCACCGCCUUCCUUCAGUCUCGACCAGUCUUUAAUCAGGCCUGUCCUCAAGACCACCUCAGGUUUGUGGGCCAGGGUCUGAAGAUCAUCUACGAACACUGUCAGGGAUCCACCCUGCGGACUUUCAGCACUGAUGUCUCCCUUGACCAAAUGGAGUUGCUGGAGUGUCUAUUCCAGUCAGAGAAUGUCAUUAAUGGCUCUCAGAAAGACAUUCAGUACACUGAGCUUCUGACGUUUACCACUGCAGCCAGGGCCGACACAUCGCUUAGCACAUGCUUUCACCUGCUAUACAAACAGGCCGAGCGCAAAGGCCCCCAGGGUGGCCAGGUGCGCCUUAACACCAUCCCCAGAAAAGCUGAGAUGCAGGUGGAGCUUGGCCACGUGCGCUGCGAGCUCGACAUCAGCAUUGUGGACCGUCUUAACUCUGUACUUCAACCUCAGAAGCUGGCCACCACCGAGAUGAUGGCUUCACAUAUGUACACAUCCUACAGUAAACAUGUCAGCUUGCAUAAGGCCUUUGCAGAGGUUUUUCUGGAUGACAGCCACACCCCGUCUAACUGCCACGUGUCACUGACCGUUAAUACCCCGGUAUUAGGACUGGCAGUCCGCUUUCCCAUUCCCGAUCUGCGCUCAGAUCAGGAAAGGGGUCCUUGGUUCAAAAAGUCUUUGCAGAAAGAAGUAAUGUACCUGGAGCUGGCAGACCUGGAAGUUAAAACAGAAUUCAGAGGUGGCACCACUCCAGAUCAAACUAAGAUGGAGCUCACCUUUAGGGAGCUUAUUGGCAGGUUUCAAGAGGAGCCAGAUCAAGCGCUUACCCGCUUCCUCAGGGUGUCCCACACCAUGGACGGAGACAUUACAACAUCCGAAAGUGUGAAAUUUGAUUGGCCGCGUGUUGUUUUACAAAUGAACCCCACUGCGGUCCACUCAAUCCUUGAGCGUGUGACAGCCGAAGAUGACGAAGGGGCUGAGGACCGCUCACUUGAGGAGGAAGAGGAGGAUGGGGCUGCUCACUCACUAAAGGAUGUGUGUGACUUUGGAAAACCAAAACCAUCGCCCUUUUCUUCCCGACGGGUUAUGUAUGAGAAUGAAGAGAUGGUCAUACCCGGUGAUGUUGCUGAGAUGACAGAAUUCCAAGAGAAAACCACAAACAAUUCACGUUUUGUUCUUGAACUAUGUUUUCCCAAUGUGCAAUUGGCUCUACCCAGCAAAACAUUUUAUGAAAAACUACACAACAGAAUAAACAAUGAUCUUCUAUUGUGGGAGCCUACUGCUCCUUCCCCUGUGGAGACUGUGGAAAGUAUGCCAUAUGGUGUUGGACUGUCUGUGGCCAGUCAGUUGAUUAAUACUUACACUAAAGACAGCUUUAGCCAGUUCCGCUCUACAGGACCUGAGGAGGAUACCAGUGGUUCAGAGGAAGAAAACAUGCACUAUUACUCUCCUUCUUCUGACCGGGGCUUCAGGUCUCGCAAAAAGAAAAGGCCCAAAGCUCAGAGCAAAAGCUCCCAGAGCCUCUUCUCGGUCAUCGUCAGUGUCAAUCAUGGCCUGGUAGCUCUUCAAACGAACGUCAAGAAGGAGGAUAAAACACUACUGAAAAACAAACAUGGAGAAUUCUGGCUCGAGGUGAAAAACGCAGUGCUGUUCAGUGUUACACAGCAUGAGGGCUUUAAAGACCAGCACUAUGUCUGCUUCCACACUACUAAUAGCUCCAUGUAUCACCAAGGUCUUGUAGAUGGAAGCCCUUCCAUAUCAGACAUAAAGCUGCCAUGCAGGUCACAUCCACAUUGGCUGGAACCAACCAUCUAUCAAUCAGAAUCGGCUCCUGAGAGAUCCUCCAAUCCCUCAGAAGGUAUUAGUUUGGAGGCCCGCAGUAUGAUCUCUGUCGCUGUCAAGAUCUCCUCACAGAAUGCCGAGCGCAGUGUUAAGGAAUUCUUGGUUGCUGUCGGAGUGAGAGGAGCAACAGUUCAGCACAGAGUUGUCCCUCAGAACCUGGGCUGGUAUGAUCAGAUGGUUGACUUUUUGAAUGUUUCCGAUGAGCCUGUGUUGGGUUAUGCUCCUCCCACAUCUGUCAGCACCUUACAUCUACAUUUAUGGAGCUGCUCGCUAGACUACAGACCUUUUUACUUACCUCUCAGAUCGCUGCUUGUUGUGGAAACAUUUAGCAUCUCCAGCAGCGUGUCUUUAGACCACUCCUCCUCAACUCUCAGGAUCAUUUUGGAUGAAGCAGCCCUGUUCCUCUCAGACAAGUGUAACGCUGUCUCUGUCAAUUUAGCACGUGACUAUGUCCAAGUGGUAGACAUGGGAACUCUGGAGCUCAGGAUCAUAGCCGUGAAACCUGGCGUGGAUGGAAAAUUGUCCGAACCAAGAUUUGAGCUUCGAUGUUCAAGUGAUGUUAUCCACAUCAGAACAUGUGCUGACUCCUGUGCUGCUCUCAUGAACCUCAUCCAGUACAUAGCCAGCUAUGGUGAUUUGCUUCCUCCUGCAGAACUAGAGGUCAAGCCAAACGGCUCCACACAAAGAACCAAGGCAGAGAUUCCUAGCGGACCUGUUGCUCAAACCCCGUUGCUGGCCGAGACAGAGCAACAGAUGUUGCAGGAUCUGAUGAGCGAAGCGAUGGAGGAGACCGAUGGCCAGCACACAUCAGGGAUUCAACAGAAUGGAGCGCAUGAGGAGAGGAACGAUGAUCACGACCCCCCUCGCUCCGACUUGUUCCUGUUCCCAGAUGAGAGUGGCAAUUCAAACCAGGAUUCAAGCCCUACUUAUCCCAUGCUCCACUCUCCUCUCAUCACUCCUGUCCCAACCCUGGCACAGGAGACCGACGACUUCUGUAUUUUGGAGACGCCCGGCUCGAGGACAGAGGACCUUGAUCAAGAACCAAUAGUAAAGCAGCUCACCACUGAGCCAGUGCAAAUCAGAUACAAUCACUUCAGUCAACCUCUGGACAGGAUUGACUCCAGUCGCGGCACCUUCAAUUUCCCCGUCCCUGAGGUGCGCUACCUAAUUAAGGAGAUUUCUGUCGUGUGGCACCUUUAUGGCGGCAAAGAUUUUGGCAGUCUGACAUUCACAGCUUCUCCCGCAAGGAGCCGAGGUGCUACUCCCCACAGCUCCCCUUCUCAAACUCCGGUUCGACAGUCUAGAGUUUCAGGACGCAAAGGAGGUGGAAAAGGAAGGAACCCUGAUGUCCUGAUGGAGAUCCAACUCAGCAAAGUAAGAUUUCAGCAUGAGGUGUACCCACAAGAUCAGAUGACCUCAAGCUCACCGGCGGACCAGCCAGUGUCACGACAGGUGUUUGUUGUUCAGGACUUGGAGAUCAGAGACAGACUGGCAAGCUCCCAGAUGAACAAGUUCCUCUACCUGUACUCUAGCAAGGAAAUGCCCCGCAAGGCUCAUUCUAACAUGUUAACAGUAAAAGCACUGCAUAUGUGCCCCGAGUCUGGCCAGGCUCCACAGGAGUGCUGCUUGCGUGUUUCCCUGAUGCCUCUCCGCCUCAAUAUUGAUCAGGAUGCACUCUUCUUCCUGAAAGACUUCUUCACAAGUCUUUCUACAGAAGUUGAGUUUUUCUCUCCCCCUACUCAAGAUGUAACAGUGUCCAUGAAGAAAGUGUCCGCUCCAGAGAUCUCAUGCAGCUUCUCCAAGCAUGCUAGCACCAGCCAGGACCCAGCACCCAUCAUCUGUGUGCCCGCUCAGAGACGCAUGAGCCACAAUGGUUUUCCCACGGGUGUACAGGAGGAGGCCAGUGACAGUGACGCCACAACUUCUUUCUCAGAACAGCCCAUCUUUUUUAGGGAGUUCAGAUUUACUUCUGAGGUUCCAAUUCGCUUGGAUUAUCAUGGAAAACAUGUUUCACUGGAGCAGGGAACAUUUUCAGGGAUCAUUAUUGGGUUGACGCAGUUGAAUUGUUCAGAGCUCAAGCUGAGACAGUUGUGCUACAGACAAGGUUUAUUGGGCGUGGAUAAGCUUGUUUCCCAUGCAAUUAAUGAGUGGCUAGCCGACAUAAAGAAAAACCAGCUUCCAGGCCUGCUGGGUGGUGUGGGGCCCAUUCACUCGCUGGUCCAGCUGGUUCAGGGAUUCCGAGACUUGGUGUGGCUCCCGAUUGAGCAGUACAGGAAGGAUGGUCGCAUCGUGCGUGGGUUUCAGCGUGGCACUGCCUCUUUCGGAACUUCCACGGCGAUGGCUGCCCUGGAGCUUACCAACAGGAUGGUGCGGACCAUUCAGGCGGCAGCUGAGACGGCCUAUGACAUGGUGUCUCCGGUGGCAAAUGAGAGAGACAACAAAAGGAUAAAACGGUUUUCCCACUAUGGACUGGCUCAUCAGCCUGUUGACCUGAGAGAAGGCGUAGCCAAAGCCUAUACAGUUGUGAAAGAGGGGAUCACAGACACAGCACUGACCAUCUACGACACGGCCACUCGGGAACAUGAACAACGCGGCAUGACCGGGGCAGUGGGUGGGGUACUUCGUCAGCUGCCGCCAGCUGUGGUCAAGCCUCUCAUUAUGGCCACGGAAGCCACCUCCAACGUCUUGGGUGGUAUGAGGAACCAGAUUCACCCUGAUGCUCGCCAGGAGGAGUCUCAAAAGUGGAGGCAAGGAGAGGAGUAGCAAAGAACUGUCCUGGUGUAAAUAAGGAUCAUUUCAUGGCAAUUCAAGCUCACCUUCUUCCGUCACAGUGCCUUCAUGGUUAAUAACAUUGUCCAACUCGUUUAUUCAAAAAAGGGAAUGAACUGAGAAUGAAGGAUUUUGUUGACUUCUACAAAAGAUACAAUAUAUCAACCUAUAAUCAUUGAGAUGAUGUUUACAAUGUGUAACUCUCUCAUCCUAGUUGGUGUCAGUAAAAAUACCACACUGGAUUAAUAGUACUGUACAUGUACAUAGCCUCAUUUCUACCAUUUCAUGCACAUAUGUAAAGGUGAGUGUUGAAUGUGGAGUUAAAGCACUUUUGAGGAACUUGAAGGGUUACCCAAAGAAAUUACAUUUGGGGCAAGAGUUUUCGUUAUGAUUUUUCAUGGUUAGAUUUCCAACUGUCAGAAUUGUCAAGAUUCCACACAUAGCUGCUUUCAUUUGUAUCAUUUGUUUAAAAAAAAAAUUCAGAUCUAGUGAAAUAUCUUAAAAGUCUUCAGGUUUUGCUUGUUUAUGUUUUAGAUGUAUGAAAGUUUAUAUUUGCAACAUGUGCUGCACUCAUUUGCUUCCUGGUGUAUUUGGAAAUAAUUAUUGUACAUACUUGUACAGGUUAUUCUUGAAUUUGUAUUAAAAGCAUGAAUGGA